AUGCAUCAGUUCUCUGAUUUUAGACACACGCUUGAAAUUAUAGCAUUCCUGAUUUUUUCAGCUACUACAAAUAGCACCAAAUCUCAGCAAAUUGUUCCAUGCUUCAAUAUCCCAACUUUUCUUCAAUCACAAACCUUCCUUCGCAGUGCUGCAUUGCACCGAUAUCGCACGCGUGCAGGAUUUUAUCACGCACCUUCACACUCUUCCCAUCAAAGCACAGUGCCGAACCUAUUUGACAUUCGCGCAGCCUCCUAUAGCACCGUCCUGGUUGCUCUCCCCCCAUCAUAUUGCAAAAAAAGUGGGAAGCAGAAAUAG